AUGCAAGACGAACUGCCCAUUAUUAUGGGCCUGUGUUUGGUUGACUUUCACCAUAAGAGAGGACCUGAAGUCGAGUAUUCCUGCGGAAUACCCAAGGAUACUGAAGGGAAUAUCGUUUUCCCCAACUUACCAUUUCAAGCAUUACCCGAUGGCUCACAUUCAUUUAAAGAGACAUUCACUUAUUUCACAUUACUUUACAACGAGAAGAAAAAGUGUAGCCCGCCCAAUGGUGCGACAGAAAUAGCAGAAGAUGAAUUAGGUGACUAUACUACACUGUUUGCUAUAUCAUGUUCAAGACAGAUUAGAAGUGAUGAUUUGACGUAUAAGGAAGAAGAUAUUACUAGAUCAACUGUACAAAAGGCUAUUGUUGUAAUAUCUCGAAAACCAAUAUUCGGUCAGAUAAAGGAUAAAGUUAGCCUAGUGACAAAUGCAUUUUUCCUCCAACGGGAUUUCUCAGAUAAAACCAUUAUAACAUCACUUUAUGAAAAUUUAAUGGCAUUAUUCAAGACUUGGAACCUUCAAGAUGGUCAUUUUUAUUUGGGACUUUCAUUAAGGAGGAUAAUUUACGAUUUUAAAAAGGAUAUACUCGUUCUGUUAAAGGCAUUAUUACUGGAGAGACAAUUGAUUUUUUAUGGAACUAACGUUGAAGCACUUUGCAAUUUACAGUUUGGCUUAAUCAGUUUGAUUCCCAAUUUACUUUCCCACUUAGAGAAUUCUGGUAGUCCUCUUUUAUAUGAAAAUUUGGAAAACCUGAAAGUUGCUGAUUCAUUUAGAUCUAGCGAUAGAAAAUCAGUUUUAAAAUUUCUAGGAUUUCCACUCUUAAUUUUUGAGAAAGGUGGACUAUUUUCACCAUAUACUCCCUUACAACAGAUUCAAGACAUUAACUCUGAAGCCACCAAAUUUUUCGUCAUUGGAAGCUCAAAUUCGUUACUAACAGAAAGAAAAAAUGAAUUAUGUGAUAUUUUUGUUAAUGUAGAUGAUUCAUCGGUAGAAAUUAUCAAUAAAUCCCUAAAUGCAGCUCUAACGCUUUCGAACCACGAUAAAAAAUGGAUUGAUUCCAUUACAAAUGCUGUUGUUUCCACUUGGAAUGAAAACGAUUUAGAGACGCCAAAAAAUUCACAAUUUGAAGGUAGUGAAGAUUUUAUAAGAUGGCAGUUUGAGGAUUACCUAACAGGACUACUCUCCAGUAUUAAAUUGUCGGAUUACAUGGCGAGUCCCAAAGUUAAUGAUACUUCGUUGCAAUCGAUUCCUGAAGAAAUGCAAAAUGCUCAUCCGAUACAGCUAUUCAAUAACAAUUGGGUACAAAGAUGGAGAGAAACUCAGAAUUUUGAAAUUUUCAACAAUUUUACUGAUGAUAGGAUAUUUGAUCUAUUCACACCAAAGCAUGCAUAUAAUGCCAUAGAUCCGUUUACAGCAUUUCAACAAAAGUUGGCAACCACUUUCCAAAAUCUAAAAAAGAAUAAUGGUAGUACAGAUGGUAAUAAACCAAAAGAGAAUAUAUCAAUAUCCAGUAAACAACAGAGGGAUAGUACUUUGACCAAGGCGACUUCUUCUCCUUCGUCCACGGCGUCUAGCGCAACGGAAAUCAAUAAUAAUAAUAGUAAAGAACCAAAUAUGUGGAAUUCAUGGCGAGAAUACUUCAAAGAUAGGAAGAAAAACAAAAAGAAAAAUAAUGCAGAUUCAACUGUCAAGUCUACGCAGCAUUUGGAGCUUAGCCGUAGUACUAAUGAUGCAAUUGACAGUGCAUUGAUUGGACUGGGUCUUCACAAUGGUAUAGAGGAACCAGAAAACGUUAAUGAUAACGAUCAAGAAAAAGAAGAAGAAGGAGAAGAAGAAGGAGAAGAAGAAGGAGAAGAGGAAGGAAAACAAGAAGGAAAAGAAGAAGGAAAAGAAGAAAAUGAAGAGGAAGAAGCUGAAAGUUACAAGAGCAUAAGGCGAUCAUUCACGUUUGAGGAAACUACGAAUUAG